UUCUUGCUUUGCUGUAACUUUCUAAGGUCAACAUUGGCUCUUCUUUUCCAAAGUGUUAAAUAAUUAAACACUCUGAAGAGGAAAGUCAACUUUUCUACAAGUAGACAAUGCAAACAUGGCACAUUGGCAUGUGAAAUUGUGAAUAGAAGAAGUCAAAUCUGUGGCACAUUGGUUCAUUCUCCUACUCUUUCAUUUUCUUGAGUAAAAGAUUGGGAAGCCAAGAGAUUUGUGGUCUGCUCAAGAUUUCUGGCCAAAAUGACAUAUUGUGUUGUGCUAGUGGCAUUCUUGCUUUCUUGCUUCAGUUUCACUUCAACAGAUGCUUAUGAUCCAUUUGACCCCUACGGAAACAUCACAAUAAAAACAGAUGUUCUCAGCUCGACUCCUGAUGGUUAUGUUGCUGCUGUGACGAUUUACAACUUUCAGCAACACAGGCAAAUUGAAGCGCCAGGUUGGAAUCUGGGAUGGACAUGGUCGGAGAAAGAGGUGAUAUGGAGCAUGGUGGGCGGUGAAACCAUGGUGUCUGAAGAAUGCUUUAGGUUCAAUAGCUCCAAUACUCCACAAUCAUGCACAAAGCACCCAAGAUUCGUUGACUUAUCCCCUAGUGCUCCUCAAAAUCAGCAGAUUGCAGAUUGCUGCAAGGGUGGAGUGCUUAGUGCAUGGGGGGAAGAUGCUGCCAAUGCUGUAAGCUCAUUCCAAAUCACCGUUGGGGCAGCCGGGACCACUAACAGAACCGUGAGGAUGCCUAAGAACUACACAUUUUUUGCGCCAGGACCUGGUGGUUAUACCUGUGGACCAGCCAAAAUUGUUAGACAAACAAAGUUGAUUACUCCAGAUGGGAGAAGAUUGUAUCAUGCAAUGAUGACUUGGAACGUGACCUGCAUGUAUUCAGCAUUCCUAGGUUACAAAGAUAGUUCGGGGAGUAUCGCCUUAGCUCCUGCUCCUGAUCCUGCUACUCGCUCUGCACCAAAUCUCGCACCUAUAGCUAUCGUGACAGGUUCACUCAGCCCAGCACCGCUUCAUUCUUCUUUCUCUUCUUGUUCUCCAUCUUUCUCCCUGUUAUCUUUCUUUGUUGUUUCUGUCUUUCUUUGCUCUUUGCAGUCUGUGAUGUGAUUUCUUCUUGGUUUUGGUUCCCUCGAAGCAUAUUCUUGGACAUGCAAUAUAAUAAAAAUUACACCUUUUGCUAUUCUUUAAUGAAAACUAGUGUCUGACAUUUCAACAGACAAACAUCAUAAAAAGUCGAAACAUUU